UUUGGGGAGUGAGUGAGGCAGGGAGCGAGGCGCGCUGGCGGCUCGGGGCGUCCCGGCUCUUUGGUCUGGGCUCGGAGCCACCCUCGUCCCCUGCAGGGGUGUCACAGGAAGCGUCUGCUUGACGAGGUCGGCGGAAGGGGCCGGCAGCCGGGCACAGCGGCAAGUACCGGGCUGCCGGCUCCAGGGGCUCAGAACGGGGCAGCCCGAGGGACGCCCUUUCCUGCCAGGUGGCCGUUACCAGGGCACCGGGAGGCAAGAGCUGCCGGGGGGGUCCUCCUUUCCUUCCUCUCUGCACGUUUGUCUCCGAAGGGAGGGGGUCUCCCCUGUGGCCGGGCGUGUGGAUGGUCUGCGGGUGUUAAGCGCGUUGUGGGGCGAGCGAGCGAGCCGAGGAGUCUGGCGCGAUAAGCUGUUUCUAGGGGCCCCUGGUGACGCGAGAGCGGCGUUGAGGGUUUCUAGGGGCCCCAGGAGGUUCUUGGGGAGAGGGGCUGCCUGGCGUCCCUGUCGGCAGCCCGCUCGAGAUGUCCCCUUAAGAGCAGGUGGGUAGGCCGAGGAGGCUUCGAGGUGUGCCUGGAAGAGGAAGUCUCAGGACUCCCAGCGAAGUUCGGGGCAGGGCGAGGAGCUGCUUCUUUCGUCGCCUGUCUCCUGGGGCGGGUGGGAGGCUGACAUGAAUGGUUUCAGCACCGAGGAAGACAGCCGGGAUGGGCCUCCCACCACCCCUUUUUAUGGACAGAGUUGCUGCCUCAUUGACGACGGGGACCGCUGUGUCCGCCCAGCUGGCAAUGCCUCCUUCAGCAAGAGGAUCCAGAAAAGCAUCUCCCAGAAGAAGCUAAAAUUGGACAUCGACAAAAGUGUAAGACAUCUGUAUAUAUGUGAUUUUCACAAGAACUUCAUUCAGAGCGUUCGAAACAAAAGAAAAAGAAAGACCAGUGAUGAUGGUGGAGACUCUCCAGACCAUGAGAUAGAUGUCCCAGAGGUUGACUUGUUUCAACUCCAGGUAAACACACUACGCCGUUAUAAAAGGCAUUACAAGUUACAAACAAGACCUGGCCUUAAUAAAGCUCAACUAGCAGAAACUGUCAGCCGUCACUUCAGGAACAUCCCAGUGAAUGAGAAGGAGACCCUUGCUUACUUUAUCUACAUGGUCAAAAGUAAUAAGAGCAGGUUGGAUCAGAAGUCAGAAGCUGGCAAACUAGAAUGAAGGUUAGGCAGUCUUUGGACACUGAGUGUGAUAUUUUAAAAAAUCAGGUGCAUUAUGAAGAACUGUUAAACACUUCCGGAAAGUAAAGUAUAAACUAGAGAAUAUAGGCCACUGUGGUCUAGAAUACAUCAGUCCAGGAUGUGUUUGACUUCUGCUGUUUCAUUUAGCUGAAGAUAAUGUAUCACUGGAAAACUCCAAGAAGUCUGUCAGUGAUUGCCCAGAGGAUUGAAAUAUGUCUUUGAGUAUAAUAGAAACCCCACACGAGAUAAGUUUGUCAUUCUUGGACUAGGUUGUAUCAUCCAUAUAUAGUAUAUACUGGCACAGGUUAGGCACGACACUAGAAUUCUUACGCAAAAUCUGGUCUGUGGCUUUCUUGUUUGCAGUCUUUCUGCAUCUUUGAAAACAAGGGACAUACACAAAUGCCCCAGGUUUUUUAUGUGUGUGGGUCAUGGUUUAGAAAUGAUAAAAUAGCCUGCCUUGCUUAUUUGCUGAUCUUUUAGAAAUGUUGUAUUGAAUUCACAGAAGUUACUAAGUAUUUCAUGGUUUUCCACAUUUUCUUAACAUCUACCAUUUAACUGAGAGGUAGUAGCAUUUCGAUACAUUACCUACCAUUUUUUUAGGUUCAGUAUGUACAUUUUUCACUGUUUCGACAAUGAUGCCAAAGGCGAAGUUGAAGUGGGUCCUCAGUCAGUGCAUGAAACACCAAGUUAAAGGUAUUAUCUUAGAUCCAAAAUAAUUAUUGUUUGCAAGCCAUUUGAACUGCAGCUUGUCUAGUUCUUACUAGACAUAUAUCGAGUGUGCAAACCUAAGCCUACUGCAUUAAUGACCCAUCUGAUGCUUGAGUCUAGAACUGAAAACAUCUGGGAAUAGUCGUGUCUAUUCCAGUAGACAAAUAUGGAUUGGUUUUGGCGAUUGUCUCUGCCCAGGUAUCUGGCAGUGAGAACUGGUGACAAACCACUUGUCUCUCCUAGCUGCACCUUCCUGAAAUGUGUAGCAAUACCUAGCAAGCAUUAUGAUUGUGAUUUAAAUUCCAUACUGCUGUCAGCCCUGCUGUGACUCAAAGCUCCAUGUGUGCCACAUUACACACACAACUUUGCCAUUUAAGCUCAGGGAAGAAACGUUACUCUCUGAAAGAGGCCCGAAAAACAAACAUAGCCCCUAGCCAUAUAUUUUGGCCAGGUGCUUGACUAUAUCUUCACCUCUUCUCUAAUCACAGGUAGGCAGCAAAAACCACUGGUAGUGACCUAUUAUACAUGGCUGCUGAGCUGCCACGUGGUGGGUCAUAAUCCCUAGAGGCCUACCUAAAAUAAGACUUUUCCAAAAGUUAGGUAGUAACUUCUGUCUAGUCACUUCAUGUCAUAUUUACAAUAAACUUUGAAACUGUUAACGUCAUCUAUUGUUUACUGCUAUAGUCCUAAGUUUUGUUUCAUAAAGCAGGAGUACUAAUCACCCUGAUCUGGAAAUAAACUCAACUGAAAACAGUAGAUCUGUUUUAAAGUUUUACUGUGAUAGAUGGGCAGGCAUUCAAACAUUUUGGUAGCACUCUGAUAGUGAAAUUUAAUUUUCAAAAACAUUGAAUUUGCUUUGGCUAAUUAUUUUUGAAGGAUGCAGCUUAAUUCAGUACAUUUGCUUGUACAAGUAUAUAGAAAUGUAGCAAUGCCUGCUUAAAUUUUUACUUCUGGCAAAGCAUGUGAAAAACUAGAAUUUGUCCCUUAUACAAAGUUAAUUUACAGCUGUUUGUGUUUAUUUUUAUAGAAAGUAGAGGUUCAAGAAAUAAGGGUAUCAAUCAGCAGUGCACCAUAUCAUUGAAAUAUCUCAAUUCAGUGGAUACUAUUUUAGGAGAUGAUUUUUUUUCCAGAUAGCUUCAUUGCAUGCAUAUGUUGAGCACAUUUUUUAACAUUCUUAUACAUAUGUGGUAAGUACUUGGUUUUUUAAAGUUGACCUCAUAUUGUUGCUUCUCCUUUCAUGGAAAGAACCAAUCCAGCCAACCACCCUGUUCUGUAAUUGAAGGCUUGAGUUUACUUCUCUAGGUCUCUGAACUUUUGUGAAUUCAGAAUAUCUGUGUAUGCAGUCUGACCUUGGCAAGAACCUCUUCUGAAAAACAAGCAAUGUGUGCAUCCUCUCUAGACCAAAAACAAAAUCCAUAGUGUUAGGGCUUAUUGUAAAGAAAAUGAGUGCAGCAUUGUAUCAGCCAGCACCAAAAUGAUUAUUUACGGGGAAAUGUGAUGGCAAGCACUGCCUGUUCAGAAACUGCUUGCUUGAUUUGGUCUCAAAACUAUUGUUUUCCAAAGAAAUCAAAUGAAGUAAAAUUUGCCUGUUUCAUGAUACAAGUUUCAAAUGGUUGCCAAGAGACUAAGGAAUCUUGUCAUAGAAUCUGAGGAAUUGCUGAUGUCAUAACUCUUGAAUCCUGUUGUCUUUGAGACAUCUGUACAUGCCUUACUCUCAGCUUCACUAACGAGCAUUAAGCAAAUGUCGUGGUGGACAGGAUGGGCCACUUCCAUGGCUUCUUGUGCUACAAAUUCUAAUCCUGUUAACAGCAAUACCAAUAUUCAGGGAGAAGCCUGUGGUUCUUGAACAUCUAGUGUUGUAUUUUCAAAAACACCACAAUGCAGUUGUUUAAUAUAAUGGCAGAUUAUGCUGUGUGCCAUUUAAGGAAACUUUCCAAUUCCUUGUGGUUUUAAUAAAACCUUCAUCAGCAUUUUGAGCUUCAAAGGGUAUGAAUCCUUAAGCAAUGGCUAAAAUAAAUAGAAUAUGUGAGAACAGAGUCACAUUGACAUGUUCAUUCAUACAAACUGGUGGGUUGUAUUUAAUCUUAUAUCAGAUAUGGAUUUCACAUGGAGCUAUUCAGCAACGAACUUUGGCUUGAUAGUGGCUUUCCACAUUUAAGGAUUAGUGGAAGAUCAUUUUGCUGGUCAAUUCUCUAUCGAAUGAAACUUGCUCCAGACGAAAAGGACUGUUCAAAGCCUUCAGACCUACAUAAGAACCCACUUAAAAUCAGAAGAAGGGCCAUCAUUGUUCUUAAUGGGCUUUGCAUCAGAGCUGAAGACCUUAAUGUGGCACAUCUUCUAUAAUGAGGUUAACUUCAUCAAAGAUGGUGGUCCUCAGUGCAUUAUUUGUUGUUGUUAUUGCUGUAGUUCUAUUAGUGCAAGAAUUUUUGUUCAUCCCUUGAGUUGAAUGAAGGAGAGAGCAAAGGGAAGGGGAAUGUGCAAUGGCAAUUGUAGUAUGGAAUUACAUAAAUGCAGAAUGCAGUUCAUAGUAGUCAGACCUUAUUGGCAUCAGAUCUGAUUUCAUCUAGUCAAAGUAGUCAGACCUUAUUUCAUCUGAUUGAUUCAGCUUCCAGUACUGUUUCUACAGCAUAACUAUUACAAAACAAACUCCUACGUUAAUUUCAGAUUUUGUCUUGCAAGGGACUCAAUGGAUUAUGAUUCAGAAAAUGAGCCUUGCCAUGGAUCUUGUAAAAUCCCUAAGUUACAAGUUCACAAGGAUAAAUCAAAUUCCAUAUUCUACCACCCGAAAGUUUUGUCAGUAAGAAAGCUUCCUAUAUAGGCCAGCAAAAAAAAAAAUUAAAGCCAAAGUAGCCCAUGGCUAGAUUAUUUUUAGACUUCAAAAGCAGAGUAAAAAUAGCCAUGAGCAAGAUGUAUCCCAGAAAUGUUCAUGAUUUGUCUGAGAAAAAUCUUACUAAACAGUAUUCUAAAUUUUAGCUAAAUGCAAUAUUGGGGUAGGGAGGAGGGUGGUGGUGGUGGGGACUGGGAGCCUUGCACUUUAUCUUGUGUUGAUAGAGCCUAAUGUAAAUAUAAGUAAGAUGGGAACGCCUAACAUGUAAUUUGAAGUGAUAGGAAGAGAAAUGGCAAACUGUCAUGCGCAGUACACUAGCGGUGCUUCACCCUGUGCACUGAGAUGAGAGACUGAUGAAUCUUUAAGCCAACUGUCUAAAAAUGAACAUUUCAGUGCCCACAGAAUCAAUUAAAGGGCCUAUUUUGACAAAGCAACUUAUUAUUUCUCCUUCACAUGUAAUCUCACGUGGUUUUCUAGGAGGAUAGAUGUUUUGAAAAAUUUGGGGGUAGAUACAAAAAAAAAUACAAGUCAGUUCUUGCUCUUCUGUAGCAUUGAUCCAUACUUAAUCAAUUCAUUAAUUGUAUUUUACAUUUUUAAUGUGGAGGGGAAGGGGCUUAUGCCUUAAACUCAGAAUUUCAGUGAAAUCACAUUAUGAAGUGUUUAGCAAUAUCUUUUUCUGCAAAUUGUUUUUAAAACACAUUUCAAUGACUUAUGCUUGUGAGGUUUGCCUUUUUAUUGCAUUGCCUUCAUUCCUUCCGACUUGUCCUGCUGCACAGCUAGGAAAACACUUAAACAUAUUGACAAAAGUUCUUUUUUAAAGCCCCUUUGAAUUAUAAUGGAAUUACUAGAACAAAACAAUUUCCCUUCCCCUUCAUUCAUUCUAGUGGGCCUUCAUGUGUUGUACUGAACCUUAUGCCAAAUGUUUUGGGUAAGCUUGUAUUUUUAAUUGUGAAAUAUAACUGUGUACUCUUAAAGCAAUCUAGUAACUUAUAGUGAAACUGUAGAAUUCUUUUUUCCAAGCUGUAUAGUGCACCUAACUUCCACUGUGUAUGAGGUUUAAACUGUGUACUGUUCGAUAAAGAUAUAAAUGCCUGAGUUGCAUUUUUAAUAAACUAUCAGUUGAUCAACAGGC